AUGUCUAUCGCAAGAGCCUUCACGACACGGCGGCUAAAGCAGAGCCUCCAGACAGGCGAUGCUGACGCCGCACCGCAGCGGAGCAAUUCAACUAAGGGAUCGAUCGGGUCUAUCCGACACAAGAUCUCUGCGCCUGUCCAGCUUAUCCACACCACCAACAUGUUGUCAUAUAACGCGCCAGACCUCUUCCCAAAGACAGCGUCUUCGACUGGCUCCUCGCAUCGAUCCGACGAUGAGCUCUCGGACGGUGCGCCCACUGCCGGCUCAACUCCUCCAACGAGUCCGGAUAUUGAGUCAGCGCCAAAGAGAGUUCUGUCGCCAGUGCCGAAUCACUUAUCAAGUUAUUUUACUGUACCAGGACACUCCACCGUGCCCACCACCCCGACAGAGGCACCGCGCAUUCCGCAGCGGGCAACUUCUCACACCAAGAAGUCGUAUGACAACCUAGUGCGGCAACGGUCAAUUUCCCGCAUGUCGGAGCAGUCCAGCCACAGCCUCUCGACAAAGGCGAGUUUUAGCUUUUCCCGGUCGUCAUCAGGUAGCACGGGAACUUCUGUCACAUCGGCGAGCUCGGCUCCUCCUAAUCACAAAGCCAACAUGUCAACCGGGACUAUCAACGCCCCUUCGCUCUCGUACAUGACUUCGCCCCAGACGCAAUAUCAGCACAGGAAAGACGCCUCGCAAGCCCAUCAUCCAUUCGGCCAGGAGCUAGCGCAAGUCACAGAGAUUGCCGAGGAGUACGGUGUCAAGGAGCAGCUGAACGAGGUUGAUGCCGAAGAGCAAGAGCUUCUCGCCAAAGGGCUAUGCAAGUUUAGUCCUGAAGACUACUUGGGCGAGAUCCGAGGGCUGGCCGUCAUGUUCUUUGGCGAUUCAAGGCCAGUCAGGGCGGCACAGUGGAUUUGA